CUACGACCCCUAGUUUACGGAGCGUGGACCGGCGUUGUCGGCGCGGUGGGGCUCGCGAUCGCCGCAGCGUUGCGUGACGGGUGCCACAACCACGUGGCACACGUGUUCUUCUGGAGAUUUCCAGACCUCCACUCCUCCAUCCUCCACUCUUCCGACCUUCCUCCACCUUCGUGCGUCACCAGCGUCACCGUCUCUCCAACACUCAACCAUGCCGCGCUGCACAAACAAGGGAUGCGGAAAAGAGUACGACGAGUCGUCGAACGCCGACGACGCGUGCGCGUAUCACCCCGGCGGUCCGGUAUUCCACGAGGGCCUCAAGUCGUGGUCAUGCUGCAAUGAAACAAGCAAGCCCGUGAUGGAGUUCGACCAGUUUAUGGCGAUCCCGCCGUGCGCACGUGGCCGGCACACGGACUCGAAGGCCGAGGUGCCGGCGCCGGCGGCACCCGUCGCCGAAGCACCGAAAACGACGGCUGGCGGCGUGGAGGUGUAUGGAUCGGCGCGGCCGGCGCCGGCUGAAGUGCCCGAGUCGGCGAUCGCGCCAGCAGCGCCGCCGACGCCAGCUCCCGUCGAGGAAGAGGACGACGAGUCCCUCCCCGUGCCGGACGGCGCGAAGUGCAAGCGCUUCGGGUGCGGCGCGGCGUGGCGGGGCGCCGCCGCGAGCCGCGGCGACGGGCCCGACGCCGUGUGCACAUACCACCCGCAGAAGCCCGUGUUCCACGAAGGCUCGAAGGGAUACCUGUGCUGCAAACCGCGCGUGCUCGAGUUUGACCAAUUCCUCAAGAUACCCGGGUGCAAGACGGGGCGGCACCUGUUUGUGGGCGCGCCUGCCAGCGAAGAGCGCGGCGAGGAGCUCGUCGACUGCCGCGUCGACCACUACCAGACGCCGAUGGAGGUGCAUGUGUCGGCGUAUGCGAAAGGCGCGGACAAGGAGCGCUCGAGCGUGUCGUUCGCCGGCCAGAGCAUCACACUCGACCUCUACCUCCCCGGCAACAAGCGCGUGCAGCGCACGCUAACGCUCUACGGGCCUAUCGUUCCGGACAAGUGUCGCGCGCGGAUCCUGGGCACAAAGGUCGACAUCACGCUCAUCAAGCCUGUCGCGGCGUCGUGGCCGCUCCUCGAGCUCCCGCCCGCCGGCACCGAGUUGCCGCCGGGAUACGCGCUCACGUUCGGCGUGAGUGGCCGCACGGGGACGGUCGGCGGCAAAGAAGUUGUGCUCAGCGUCGAGGAGGCGGCGAGGCGAUAGACUUUCAAGAUCAGCAGCGCAAGCUGCCUAGAUAUCAUUGCAUGCAUAGUUGAGCGAGGUAGG